AAGAAUUUUAAAAGACCUCCUUGUUGCGGCGUAGGAGUAUCGGUCAGCCUGGGAACUUUUGGGGAACAAGGCGGUCCCUGCAUGUACGUCGAUCGCCCUAGGCCUUCUUUAUGCUAGCCCCACACCGACACGCGCGACGCGUCUUCUGAGUUUCCACGCGCAAAGUGCUUUCACCGUCAUCAUCCCAGAACAUCGACAAACACACACAGAAUGGACGACCUCACCACAGAGCUUACCGAGCGCUUCGAGCGCUACUGCGACAUGAAGGGGGAUCAAUUCCCCGCUGACGUCCUCGCUGAAUUACAAUCGAUGUCGCGGUUAUAUUCCAUCUCACCCGAGGAACUGGACUUCAAAUGGCAGGCGUACAACAUGAAGAUGGGUGGAGAAGAGAACAAGAUGGAUGUGAAGACAGCACGGGACUUCAAGAAAACCAUACAAGAUGCAUUGGAACGCGAAAGCAGAGGGAAGGCACAGCAAAGAAAUGAACCCAAGCGGGGUCAGCCAACACCAAGAGCGAAGGGUGGGGACAUGUAUGACAUGCUAGAGGGACUCGUACCAGGCACACCACAUCGGCCCGCACCCAGUGGCGCCAAUGGAAGUACAGUAAAACGCAAAGCCAAUUUCAACACACCAGGAGGCAAGGCCACCAAGGCACAUGAGAUGAGUACUCCUGGUGGUGGCAUGACACCAAAAGCUGAAACCCCAAGUGGACCUGUCUUUGACUUUGCUUCCCGUACCAAUGCGAACGACAUCACCGAGCAGUUUGUGCAAGGCGACAUUCCCAUUCCAGAACCACCAUCGGAAGAACCGAAGGAACCCCGCAUCAAACUCAAGGCCAACACAGACAUGUCUAAGUUCUCAUAUCGCACCAUGGCCAUGAAGCUGUCGGAAGCGUCUGAGGUCUUGGAUGAUAGGAUCGACGAAUUCCGUGAUCUUCUCAGGGACACCACAGGUCUGGACGAAAGUGCAUUCGGAAACCCAAACUACCCGUCUCCGAGCGAGAUUAUCGCAGUAGGGAGGAUAGCAAACGAUACGAGCGAAGGCAGGCUCAAUACAGCUUCAAUCGUACUCGAAGGCUCCCGGAGACAUGGCUCAGGGCGCCGUGUACCGCUGAACGUGGAGGGGCUAUCGUCAUACGAUUUCUUUCCCGGUCAGAUUGUUGCUCUGCGUGGCACUAACGCUUCAGGAGACUCAUUUGUAGUUUCUGAAGUCCUCCCCCUUCCACUUCUGAACCCACCAGCCACGAAACCCGAAGAGCUAGAUGUCAUCAACGCGCGAUACCUCGAUACCCCAGAUUCUGAUCCUGACAACGUCCGACCUCUGACCAUCAUGAUUGCUUCUGGCCCCUACACUACUGAUCAGAAUCUCGACUUUGCGCCGUUGCACACCUUUCUUGACAAUGCUGCCGAAGCAUAUGCAGAUGCCAUCAUCCUGGUAGGCCCAUUCCUCGAUGCUGAGCAUCCUCAAAUUCGGUCAGGAGACUUUGAUGUACCACCAAACGCAAGCCCAGACCAGGCCACCAUGACGGAUCUGUUCCGAUACCAUGUCUCCAGCGCUAUUCAGAACUUCAACAAACGUGUACCAACCUGCCAGGUUCUUCUGGUUCCUAGCUUACGAGAUGCACAUCACCACCAUGCUGCAUUUCCCCAAGACAAGUUCAUCAAAAAGGAGCUCGGCCUGGGUGCUGCAGGAAAGAUGGUUCAAUGUGUCACCAACCCAAUGACUGUCAGUAUGAAUGAGAUGACCGUGGGUAUGUCCUCGAUCGAUAUCCUAGAUAUGCUGCGUAGAGAAGAGCUAGCAGGCGGCAAGGCACGAACAACCAACAUCUACGAACGAUGCGCCCGCAACGUUAUCGAGCAGCGAAGUUUUCUGCCUCUGUUCCCGCCAACUGGAAGGGAGAAGCAGCAAUUCAUGCCAGCACCAAUUGAGGAAAAGGUCAUGAAAAGUAAUGCAGCGAACGGUGAGCAGAAAGAGGGCGAAGAACCAGAAUUGGACCAAGCACCGAGCCCAUUCCUUCCUCUGGGCACCAUGCUCGAUACAAGCUAUCUUAAGCUGGGUGAGAUGCUGAAUGUACGACCUGACAUACUCAUCACCCCUAGUGUGCUUCAAGGCACAGUCAAGGUUGUGGAGUCGGUACUUGUCAUCAAUCCUGGUACCUUGGCUAAACGCCGUGCGGCAGGAACAUAUGCCCGCGUUAUUGUUCAGCCUGCUGUUGUCAGUGAACCAGAAAGGGAGAAAGGGUUUGCAGUUGCACAUAAGCUCUGGGAACGGACGCGUGUUGAUAUUGUGAGGAUUUAGGUGUUUGGUACUGAGCAUUGGAGGUGUCUGGCGUUUUCUAGUAGCGAACAGUGGGAAAAUUGCAUGCCUGCAGGGACACCUGGAGCGUAUGAAUGUGACUUCGGGAUGAUGAAUGUAACAUGUCAGCAGUAUAGAUUAGCAUUUUGGUGCUCCAAUCAAAGAACUCACAAAUGGCAC